UUUUCACAAAGUUCUGGUUUAAAACAACAUAUGGUAGUACAUUCUGUAGAAAAACAGUUUACAUGUGAAACUUGCUCCAAACAGUUUUCACGGAAUUGUGAUUUAAAAAGACAUUUAAGAGUCCAUACUGGUGAAAAACCAUUUGCAUGUGAAAUAUGCAACAAACAGUUUUCACAAAGAUCUAAUUUAUACUCACAUAUAUUAGUACAUUCAGUAGAAAAACAUUUUGAAUGUGAAAUUUGCACCAAACAAUUUUCACGGAAGUCCGAAUUAAAAGUGCAUUUACGAGUUCACACUGGUGAAAAUCCAUUUGCAUGUGAAAUAUGCAACAAACGAUUUUCACAAAGUUCUAGUUUAAAAGUACAUAUGGUAGUACAUUAUGUAGAAAAGCGGUUUUCAUGUGAAAUUUGCCCCAAACAGUUUUCACGAGAUUUUUACUUAAAAGAACAUAGUAGAGUACACAUUGGAAAUAAACCAUUCACAUGUGAAAUUUGCGUGAAACAAUUCUCACGGAGUUUUAAUUUAAAAAGGCAUUUAAGAGUUCAUACCGGUGAAAAACCGUUUGCAUGUGAAAUAUGCCACAAACUGUUUGCACAACGUUUUAAUUUAAAGGCACAUACAUUCUGUAGAAAACGUUUUGCAAGUGAACUUUACACCAAACAGUUUUCACGACUGCAACUUAAAACAACAUAGAAAAGUGCACACUGGAGAAAAGCCUUUUGCGUGCGAUAUUUGCAGCAAACAAUUUUCAAAAAAGAAGGGCUUAGAAAGAUAUGUAUCAGUGCAUACUAAUGACAAAAACUAUCACAUGCGAAGUAAUUUGCUUUAGAAAAUAGGCUGUUUUUGCUUUUAUUUGAUUCAGAGUUGGACCACCAUCUCCAGAUAGCUAUUUCUGCCUCUCGGGCGUUAUCAAUGGAGCUAUGCAGUCACAACUCUGAACCAAACACCAACAGGCUGACUUAUUUAAUGGAACUUACUGAGACUGCAAUAAUUCACCUUCAAGACGCAAAUCAGCGACAUCUCUCGUAAAGAGAGAAAAAACGAAAAGUCCGAGAUACAAAGUUUACUACAAUUAAACAAUAAAAUUACUAAACAAUAUUUAGACUUUUCGUUAAAAAAACAAAAAACUUUGUAUCUCGAACUUUUCGUUUUUCUCUUUUUAAUUUGCUUUAAUUUUAUACUUCAAGAGAGAAGAUACUUAAGAUAAUACUGAAAUUGUUAAUUCCUAUUAAAAAGAGUAAAUAAAAUAGGGACCUGAUAGCAAGCAAAUCUUACAGCUUUAUAUCGGUCCUGACAAAUUUAUAAAUUCAAGUAGUUAAAA